AGAUAUGAUGCCACUGAGUCUAUGUCUGAUGGUGAUGAUGGUGGUGAUAGUGGCGCCACCAGCAGCCACUCAGGUCAUCUUCGGAGGUCGGUGUCCCGUUCAGAACGUUGUCCAGAACUUUAACGCAGCCGGGUACCUGGGUAAAUGGUAUGAAAUCGAGAAAUACUUCACCAUCUUCGAGGUGGGAGGCCGGUGCAUCACUGCCACCUACUACGACCUGGGCACCAUGAUCGGGGUCCUCAACCAGCAGACUUCUGUGUUUGGCAACAAAGUGACCAGUAUACAGGGUCAAGCGCAGUUUGUCAACCCAGCCAGCCGCGAGGCCAAGCUCUCUGUCACGUUUGGUAACUCAAUAUUUGGGAUGCUGAGUGCAGGCAAUAAUGGCAACUACUGGGUGCUCGACACUGACUAUUUUAACUAUGCCAUCGUCUGGGCCUGUCAAGACAUCACAUUCGCCAACGCACAGUUCCUGUGGAUAUUGAUGCGACAACAGAAGCCAGAUCCUCAGCUGUUGUAUUAUGUGAAGACCGUUAUCAGACAGCGCGGCCUUGAUGUCUCCAGACUUCAAGUUACUGAUCAAACUAACUGUUUCUAAACACUUAUGUGUUUGGUUUUAUUACAAUAAUGGUAAACAAUACUGACGAGAUGAGGAACUAGAUAGUUAGAUGUUCUGUAUUCUCCUCUAUGUUUGUGAGAGUUCUGGGUAUGUGUAGCCCAGAGUUCAUUGAGGAAGUAUUGAAGAUUUAUAAAAUAGUAUAUGAUCUAAAUUUUUUUAAAAUUGCCAUAAGUGCAUUUUGGAAUUCAAAAAAGGACAAAGAAAUAUAUUGAGUCAAUAAUAUGUUGGUUCAACCUUUCUAUGGAAACUUUUUGAUAUACCUUCUCUAAGAAUUUCAAUAUCAAAGUUGUAUUUAAAAAUUCACGAUACAGUAAAAUAAGAUUUGAUUGAAAAUUCCCCCAAAAUGCUAAUGGCUGUUCAAGAUUCUUGAAAAAAUACAAUAAAGUUUAUUACGGUCAAACUGAAAAAGUCUUGAACUAAGAUUACAACAUAAAAACAGCACCACAACUGGACCAAUGUCUAAUGCUUUAUUUAUUAUGUAAGAUGGUUAGGUUAGGUUAGGUUAGGUUAGGUUAGGUUAGGUUAGGUUAGGUUAGGUAAGGUUCGUCAGGAAACAGGACAAAUGUUUCCUGACGCGGGUGUUAGUCAGUUGAUGACCCGCCUUUGGAGCUUUUGGUCAUCUGACCGAGGCCUUCCGCUGGCUUACCGGUUCACCCCUUUAAAAAUUAUGGUCAUGUAGAACCAUUUUUGUAGUAAUUAUGUAAGAUUUCAACAACCCAAAUGAUGUUGAAAAUACCGAGAAGUUUAUAUCAAGCGAGUCCAUGGUUGAACAGAAUAUAACUGAAUCGAACUUCACGAAAAAUAGUACUCAUUGUAACAUUAAUUUAAGUUCUGGGUUGUAUAAAUUAGAUUAAUUUAUAAUGAGUAGAAUUUGUGAUGAUUUUACACUAUGCCUGACAGGUCAGUCCUAACAAAAUUAUACUUGAUCUGACUAAAUCUUAGCUACACUGCCAGGCUCAGAGAUCAUGUGUGACGUUAUAUAUGAGAUUAUAUUUCACUUAUAUAAGUCUUUGAUGUCCUAGAAUUUUUACUAUUCUUUGACAAUGUGAGAAAACACGAAAGCUUUUAGAACUGUACUAUUUUUUUCGCUGAUCUUGUGUGUUGUGUGUGUGUGUGUGUGUGUGUGUGUGUGUGUGUGUGUGUGUGUGUGUAUUUGUAUGUGCAUAUGUAUGUAUGCGUAUAUUUAUGUUUAUAUAUGUAUGUGUAUAUGUAGUAUGUGUAUGUAUGUAUUUAUUUUAUGUAUAUGUACUUGUAUGUAUAUUCUUCCUUCAACGCACGGUCGUAUCCCACUGUGGCAGGGUGACCCACUGUGGCAGGGUGACCCACUGUGGCAGGGUGACCCACCAAGGCAGGGUGACCCACCAAGGCAGGGUGACCCACUGUGGCAGGGUGACCCACUGUGGCAGGGUGACCCACUGUGGCAGGGUGACCCACUGUGGCAGGGUGACCCACUGUGGCAGGGUGACCCACCAAGGCAGGGUGACCCACCGUGGCAGGGUGACCCACUGUGGCAGGGUGACCCACCAAGGCAGGGUGACCCACCAAGGCAGGGUGACCCACCAAGGCAGGGUGACCCACCAAGGCAGGGUGACCCACCAAGACAGGGUGACCCACCAAGGCAGGGUGACCCACCAAGGCAGGGUGACCCACCAAGGCAGGGUGACCCACCAAGACAGGGUGACCCAAAAAGAAACACGAAAGUUUCUCUUUUUAACUUAAGUAAUGUAUACAGAAGAGGAGUUAUUAGCUUCUUGCUCCCGACAUUUUAGUCGCCUCUUACGACGCUCAUGACUUACGGAGGAAGAAUUCUGUUCCACUUCCCUAUGAAGAAUGUAUGUAUAUAAUACUCUCUGUAAUACUGUGAGUAGAUAAUUCUUAUUUUAAGAAGCGACAAUCAAAUAUAAACAUUAAUGAUUUAGAUAACUUGUUCAUAUAUAUAAUGUUGAACGACAUUAACGUCUUGAGAUUAUAAAUAAUAAGAAUAAUAAUAACAAUUUUAAAUAAUAAUAAUAAUAAUAAUAAUAAUAAUAAUAAUAAUAAUAAUAAUAAUAAUAAUAAUAAUUUUAUAUCGGCCAUUAAUAGCAAACUGUGUUCUACUGUAGCUCAAUGAAUCAUUUUUAUAAUUUGUCAAUAAUUUUGAUGCAGUUUCUUGGUUCACACAAUUAUUCAGGUUGCAUUAACAUCAUCAUUUAAAAAUCAAACUUUAUUUGAAACGAAAUAUGAAGCAAAUUUUAUUUCAUGUAUUUUUGCUAUAUUGUAUACCCCUAUUGACCCUUGUCAGUUUAGCGCUCUCUUUGAUUGUAAUAAUAAUGUAUACCCCUAUUAAAAUCUUUACUUGUUCACAAUCCUCAAUAUUUCACUGUAGAUGUAAUAAUUUUGCUGUCGACUGUAGCUCAUUGUUGUGCCUUUAGAUUAGGAUGACAGAGCAAGUCCUUCCACCGGUUGCCCCUGUUUACCUUAUUUACCUAACAGUACGUAGGUACCCAGGUGAUAAUCGUCUAUCGAGAGGAGCAUCUUGGUAGGCAGAGUGGUGCUAGUAUACCUUAAAGCAGAUUUUGUUUACUUUUUCAUAAAGUACCUUAAUUUACAAAUAAAAUUACCAGAACCUUAA